CUGUCAUAAUCUGCGACGUGUGUUAUUUCUGUUUGUUGUUAAUUGCUUUUCUACAAAAAUGUAGGUGCAUCGCGUGCACUUGGUGGGUUUACAACUCACUUUUACUUUUUCUCCUCUCAUCCAAUCCCCUUCACUCACGCAAAUUCAUAUGUUCCCUCAGUAAACAAAGUAUAUUUUGGCUGGAUGCUAACCGCCACAUAUACAAGCUUAUGACAAACAUUUGAUUCCACCGCCCAUUUUAACAAUUACGUUGUUUUCUCAUUUGUGCGAUGAAGACUAGGAUGGUUUAAAUCUUUCAAAUUACAAGAAGUAUAUUGUGUAUAACUAAUGUCAAAAAAUCUGAAGGAUAUUUGUCGAAAAGUAGUGGCGGUUGGGCGAAACUAUGCAGACCAUGCAAAAGAAUUAGGAAAUAAAGUUGAAUCUUCGCCUGCUAUAUUUUUAAAGCCUUCUAGUUGCAUCAUUGAGGAGGGAAAAAUUAAAUUACCAAAUGGGGCCAGUGAAGUCCAUCAUGAAGUUGAACUUGGUUUGGUAAUUGGGAAAUCGCUGAGAAAUGUCAAAGCAGAAGAAGUUUAUUCAGCAAUAUUAGGUUAUGUGGUUGCGUUAGAUCUAACUGACCGACCACUUCAGAAUCAACUAAAAGCAAGCGGACUACCAUGGACGUUGGCUAAAUGCUUCGACACAGCUUGCCCUGUGGGGCCGAUUCUUCCAUUAGAAUCACUACCGGCCGGUAUUUUAACUUCUCGUCAGGAAUUCCAAAAAGUAGAUAAUGAGAUUUGGUUAAAAGUAAACCAGUUGGAACGACAACGAUCAAAACUAAAUAUGAUGGUCUGGACACCAGCAGAUUUAGUAUCGAUAAUUACCAAGAGAAUCUCACUACAAUAUGGAGAUCUAAUUUUAACCGGUACACCUGCUGGUGUAGGGCCUCUGAAAUCUGGUGAUGAAAUUGAAGCUGGAUUGGAUGAUUUAUGUUCUAUAAAAUUUAGCGUAGAAUAACUAUCCUAACUGAAGUUGAUUGUCUUCGUAAAAUUUAGUGCUUCAGUGUAUGUUUGCAAGACAUUGUUCUUAAAGCUGUUUAAUGUACCUUUACAUUACGGUUGUUACUGUGUUAAGAUUAUACCUUAGUUACUGGAAAACGUCUUUUUAGUUAUGGUGUUACCAGUGUCCUGACUAAGCAUACUCGUCUAGUCACUUUCAUGUUCAGUUUUACUACAUUC